GCCCUUUAAUCCAAUAACAACAACUCUCACGUAGAGUCCAUCCGUUGCAACAUACAUUAACAGAGAAUAUCUCUUAAUCACCGCAGUGCUGUACGAGCCAUUCGGCUUUAGCGCUUACUUUGAUUGUAGUAAUAAUAAUCAUACUAACUAGUGAAAUAUGUUGAGACAGGAGGAAUUUUUGAAACCUCCAGACAAUGUUGGAUCCGGGACAAAAAAGACAUCCAGAAGACAGGAAAGCAUCAUUGGCACUGCUGAGCUGAUGAAGUUAAGCAAGGCCCGUGCCCAGAAUAUAUUCCUCAGCAUGAUAGAAAAAGCUGUCACUCCUAUCUAUUUUGUUCAACAGGCUCGGUACAUUGAUCCAGCUAUUUAUGAUGACAUAGUCACUGAGAGAGCCUUAACUGGCUUGUGUGGUUAUCCACUCUGCUCUAGACAAUUCACAGACCAGUUCGGGAAGAGGACUUACAUUAUCCGCAACAACAAGGUCUAUGAUAUCUCCGAAAGAAGAAACUUUUGCAGUGCUGUGUGCUAUGAAGCUUCAGAAAUUGUACGGAAACAGCUGGCGAGAGACCCUCUUUAUCUGCGAUAUGAUGAAAACAAGUUUAUUACUGAUGUUAAAAUUCCUAAAAUGAAACGGCUGCAAGGUCUCUCUGGAAAAUUUAUUGAUGUUACAGGAGGAUUGCAAACCCUGGAGGAGGAAAUGAAAUCAUUUACAUCAGUUUCUCAGCUUGCUGAAGAGACCUUAGUCACAUGUUCAGAAAAUACAGUGAUUGAUGAUGAAAGCAAGUUGGAGGGCAAGUCAGAAAACCAGUCAGAAAGCAAGCUAGAAAGCAACCCAGAAAGCAAAUCAGAAAGAAAACUACAAAGCAAAUCAGAAAGCAAGCCAGGAAGCAAACUAGAAAGCAACCCAGAAAGCAAACUGGAAAGCAGGCAAGAAAGCAAGCCAGAAAACAAAUCAGAAAGCAGGCAAGAAAGCAAGCCAGAAAGCAGAUCAGAAUGCAAACCAGGAAGGAAGCCACAAAGUCAUAAAAAUGAAAAAGGGCACAUAAAUAAAGAUCAACAAGAAGCUGGUAUUGACAUAAAUGGAAAUAUGGAAGCCAAAUUAGAGCCUCUUUCUUCUGUCCAUGAAGUAGAGAUGGCAUUAAGAGAGUGGAUGUCUUUCGACUCAUUACGUGAGGUGUUAGGAGACCAGUAUGUACGAGGGAUGUUGGAGCACAUUGGUCGUAAUUGGGAAAAUUAUGACACAGCUUUAGGUCUGAGUUUGGGAGUGGAAGCCAAAGCCAAAUAUAUCACUAUCUGCCGCAAGCUGGAUUACGAGGAGAGGAUGUGCGAAGCAGAGCUACUGAGGACUGAAUGUGUUGUUGCAGACUACAAACCCAAAUGUCCAUUACCUGAUUACCAGCAGCUGCAGAAGGAUGCAAAGCAACUACAAAUGAAGGUUGUAUCAUUUCUUGGAGGAAGUGAUCAGUACGAGCAAGAGGAGGAGGCGGCAGCACACAAGAAAAACAAGAAAGGAAAAGUCAAGAAAACAGAUGAACAAGAUGACUCACAUGUAGUACUUCCUUUCAUUGAUAAUUACUCUCAGCUUUCUUGGCGUCAAUACAUUGUGGAAGAAAAAAUUAAAGCAUACUUACAACAGAUUAUCAGUGUGACAUAUCUAAACGGUCUGGAAGUUCACCGCCUGCUGAAGGCCCUUAUUGCAACAUUUGAUUUGACUCCAAAAAACAUCUCCUUUAAACCUAAACAGUGGCGACUCAUCACCAUUAUCCUGCUUAAAAUGUUAACAGUAAGAUAUCCUGUAAUCUUAGAGGCAUUGAAGAGCACAGAUGCAGUCAACAUUCAAAAGAUGGUCCUCUCCACUUUUGGUCUCGACUUGGAUUACUGCGACCGUAUUCUAUCUUAUUUAACAGAAAUAAACUAUAUUAUGUGCAAAAAUUUAAAAAAAGAAGGGAGCAUCCAGAUCCAACAAGAUGAAUUGUACCCAAACAAUGGAAUAAUAAUCCAAGGGGAGUGUAAUGUGGACAAAGCUGAUAGUCAUGACACCAGCACAAGCAAUGCACCAAGCCAGGGUAAGCAUAGCUUGGACCAAGUUCCAAUCACUACAGCAAACCAAGCAGUAUGCAGUUUGAACCAAGUUAGUACUCUUGAAACAAACACUGACUUCGAAAGUGCAGCUCAGCAAGACCAUGAAGAUGUUAGUAGCAGUAAGCAAGAGAACCUAUCAAAUAAUCAUCAGGUGACAUUGGAAAGUUUUAAUUUUAAAGAAAAUUGCACAGAUGCUGAGGAACUUGGACUGAAAGAAAUUUUUUAGCAUGUUGCCUCUGACUAACAACAAUGUAUUGUUUUCCACCCUGCAUUUGCUUUCUUCAGCUGCUAUGUCAGUUUGCCUUGAGACAUCAUGGCAAGACUAGGUAAGGGGUAAUGUCUAGUCUAAAUAGGGAAAUAUUUUGUUAUACAGUAAGACAAUGUUGGAUUAAUUCAUGGUAUGUAGACAUUAUUGCUUUGCAUACAAUAAUUUUGUGCAUUAAAUUCAAUGGGGUUGCAGUACUGCAAGUAGUGGGGUGUGAAAAGUAGGGUUAGUGAGAAUACACAAUUGAAAUCAUGGUGCAAUAGGUUAUUUUUUAUUACAGUACUGUA